AUCGAUCGCAACCCCUUCGCACCGCUAGUUAAGCACGCGGUUGUUAACCUUUGUGAACGUAUGGAACUCUUCUUUUCAGGGUUGAGACUUGUAGACUUGUAUCUACCUCACUACCUCCCCUACUUUGACCACCAUCAUGUCCCGCCCACCACCCAGGGAACAUGAAAGGAACCCACCCACGUUAUCAAUUGCCUCUAUCCUCGCCUCGGGCGCCUCAAAUGUCAUGGCCAGUACCUUGAUUGCGGCCGAGGAAGAGCACUCAACCACCGUCCAAUUAGCAGCUGCUGUCUCUUCCACUAUGGCCUCGACCUUGACCCUGGCGGAUGCUCGUGAUACUGCUUUACCAGACCCUUCCAGUGGAUCUUCCAACACUUCCCCGAUCGAGCCAGACAGGCCCGUUUUGGAAAUUUCGGGCCUGCAGGAAACACUUCGGGACAUCGAGCUGUCCAAUCAUUUCAGAGAUUUCCUUAGACGCGUUGAUAGGAACACCUCUGCCCCUCCUGAAGUAAAAGGUCGAUUCGAGCGUUACUUCGAUUUUCAUAUAAAAGUAUUAGAACUUCUCGAUGUACCUCAAGACGAUCUCAAUCGCCAGAAUAAGUUGAUGAUCGAGUUGCAUCAAGAUUUUUUCAGCUCUCCUUCUCAAACCAUUUCCAUAUCGAGUCAAGGUGCCCUUCGAAAGCUAAAAGAACAUCUCAAAGAGCUAAAACAGAUUAACGAACCAAGCCAUGCGCCCAAUUUGGACUUAGUCCAUCCAGUGCAUGAAGAAGUCUAUGAAAAGUUGAACAGCAAACACGGUCAAUGGAAGAUGAACUACAAACCAACAACCAGUCUAAACACGUUGAUGUGUAUGCUGUCCUAAUCCUAGGCCUAAUUACUUGGACACGGAAUACUUGCAUUCACCACGGAGAAAUAGUUUCGCCUACCAUUUACACCACAAAUGUCUUCAAUAUCAAAUAGUUCUCUCAUUGUCUUGUAUUGUUAUGAGCUCUUCUUUAAGAGGAAGAAAACAUGUAUAUCCUUUUAUAGAUUAAUGCACUUUAUUCAGAAUAAAAUUGUUUGUUUA